AUGGAUCUCGAAGCAGUAGAGGCUUAUAUGGUCCAAAAAAUGGGUUCGGAUUCAUCUGGACAUGACUAUUUUCACGCUUUGCGUGUCAGAAAUACAGCACUUUCAAUUGCUAAACAUGAAAAUUCUGCAGAUAUCGAAGUUGUCGUUUGCGCUGCGCUUCUUCAUGAUGUUCCUGAUCCAAAAGUUUGCAAGUCCAUUCCUGAGACAAAACUUGAAUGCAAGCAAGUUCUUGCCCGUUGUGGUAUGGAUGAAAAAAGAAUUGAGCACGUAAUGCAUAUUAUUGAAACUUUAGGUUUCAAAGGUAACAUUGCAAAACGCGAAAUGGAUACAUUGGAAGGAAAGAUCGUCCAAGAUGCAGAUCGUCUUGAUGCAAUUGGCGCAAUUGGUGUUGCAAGAGCUUUUGCUUUUGGAGGAGCUAAUGAGAGAUUAAUGUGGGAUCCAUCAAUUGCUCCGCAAACAUAUAAGAAUGAAGCAGAAUAUCGAUCUGCAAAAUCUUCAACUUUGAAUCAUUUUGAUGAAAAAUUACUACUCAUUAAAGACCUCAUGCAAACUGAGAGCGGUAAGAAGGUUGCUGAAUUAAGACACAAAUAUUUAGCUGAUUUUAAGCAGAAAUUCAUCGAUGAGUGGUAUGGUAAUGACAUAAAGGAAGUUCUUGAGUAG